AUGUCAGACAAGAAUCGUCAACAGCAGCUAUUCCAAGUGAUGAAGCAGAAGCAUUUGGGGUUAGGCACCGAAAACACUACCGCAGAUGAGUGGAUGACAAAUGUUCACAAGGACACGUACUAUAGUAUGGCCGCCCAUAGCUCAAUGUUGGAAUAUCUGACGCUUGCGCAGCACAAUUCAAGCAAGCGUGUCACAGAGUUACGGCUCCUUGAGAAAAUGUGCAACGAUCUGCGCAAUAAACGAAAGCAUACUGACGACUGA